AUGAAGGAAAGUCACCAGGUGUUACAAGGCAAAAUUAGCCCAGAUAAAGGUCAAAAUUCCAAAAUACCAUCCAGCAGUUCUAAUGAUGGUGAUUUAACUUUGAAAAGAAAGGCAAGAGAAAAGCUUGGUUUUGACCAAGUCCAAAGUUUGAAAGAUUUGCUAGCAAAAAGAGAGUAUAAUGAAGCCCUUGAACUGUUGCUUGAAUAUUACUACAAUGGAUUCAUAGUGGAAAGUUGGAUGGAAAACCUGAUUCCUGAAAAAACAAAUUAUAAAUAUUUAAACAAAGAGAUCCUAGAUUCUGUAGACUUUCAUCUAUAUGAUAUUUCGGGGAUCGUCAUACUUAGCUAUAUAAUUCACUGUUAUAUAUGCAAGAAUGAUAUUUUUGGGGCAAUACAAUUGAUCAAGAGUUUUGAGAGAGCAUGUUUUGGUCUAAAAGUUUCUGAAAAUGAUAAAAACCACCAUUCAGAAAUUGAAGAUAACAUUACUUUACAUUUUAUUUCAUGGUGUAACUGUUUCUCAAUUAAAAAUGUGAUUCAGGAAAACAAAGGCAACAUAAAGCAGGAGUUAAGUAUACGUAAACACUUUCUAAAGUUAAUUGACAUCUACUACUUUUUUAGAAUCCAAGUCAUUUUCUGGAAGUUAGCAAUGUACAAGACUUACCAUAUUCCAAAUGCCUCGGUAUUCUUGCCUGAAAAUAAGCAAAGCAAAGAUUUGAGUGAGAACAUCAAGAUUGAAGACUACUUUGUAUUCUUUGACCAGGCAAUUGAUGAACUACACAUUAUAAUUGAUGAAAUUGAUUAUAUUUUAAACCUAUUCAAAGAUUUUGACGAGCAAGUCACUAAGAACUGGCUCCUCAAGUAUAAGGUGGUUCUUCUCAUCCUCGUUGAAGCUUUAACCCUCAGAGAUUACUAUAAUGAAGCAGUAAAACUUUUGAACGAGUCAAUGCAAAAACACUUUCCGGAUGAUAUUUCGUUGUAUUCUUUAAUUGCGCGAAUUUCACUCCAAUAUGGAAACUUUCCUUUGGUCAGCUCUACCCUAAACACUAUCGAGGAGUGUCUCCAGCAUCCAAAGCAUAAUACAAAUGUCAAUAUUGCUCACUAUAGAUUUACUCUUGGGCUACUAAACAUGGUACAAGAUGAUCCAGUCACUGCUUCACUUAACUUUAAUACUUCAGCUGCCUUGUACAAAGAGCUUGCCAUCAACUUAAACAAAGAAUACCUACUUCCUUGCAGUACCUCCUUCAACAAUCUUUCAGUCGCCUCCUUCUAUUCAAGCAAACUCCCUAACUCUGUGUCCAUUCUUGAAAACCAAAUCUACAACCAAAAUAACUUCUUCUUCAACUCACAACAGCUUUUUGCCACUAACUUCAAGAAUCUCAAAACUUUGUAUCAGUUCUCAUCAGAUAAAGAUAAGCUAAUCAAUGAGCUUAAAAAAAUGUCUAAAAGCUCUCUUAGAUACUCGAUCAUGAUUAAUUAG